UUCUUUUCAAUGUAGCAAAUCAAGUUUCUGGUUUAGAAAUCGGCGUGAAUAUGCUUCCAGAAAAAUUGAUUUAUGAAAUUUCAUGCAAACAAGGAGCCUUGCGAGCAGUUAGAUUUAACUGUGAUGGAAACUACUGUUUAACAUGUGGAAGCGAUAAAUCAAUAAAGCUGUGGAAUCCCCACAGAAACCUUCUGUUAAAGAAUUAUCAAGUCCAUGCCUAUGAAGUCCUUGAUGCCCAGGCCUCUUGUGACAACAGCCAAAUCUGCUCCUGUGGUAUGGACAAAUAUGUGUGUGCAACUGAUGUUGGAACAGGUAAAAUACUUCGAAAGUACAGAGGACAUGCAGGGACUGUGAAUUGUGUGAAAUACAAUGAAGAUUCCUCUGUGAUAUUAUCAGGAUCAACUGACAACUCAGUUAGAAUUUGGGACUGUAAAAGUAGGAAGCUUGAACCCCUCCAGAUUUUGGAUGAAGCCAAGGACAGUGUUACCUCCAUUCAGGUGUCUGACCAUGAGAUCCUGACAGGCUCCGCUGAUGGCUACUUCAGGAGAUACGAUCUCCGGACAGGGAGGAUGCAUGCUGACUUCAUAGGGAAGGCAGUGUCAUCUGUGAGCUUUACAAAGGAUGGACAAUGUGUCUUAGCAAGCACCUUGGAUGAUUCAAUAAAACUGAUGGACAAAGAAACUGGAGAAAUGCUUAAUGAGUUCACAGGCCACAAGAAUCAUGAUUAUAAGAUAGACAGUGCUCUUAAUUGUGAAGACACACAUGUGAUCAGUGGGUCUGAGGAUGGACUUGUGUACUACUGGGACCUUGUGGAGGCCAAAAUAGUUCACAAACUGAAUCAUGGUACAAGCAGAGCCAUUCACUCCCUAUCCCAUCAUCCCGAGCAAACAUGUCUGCUGACAGCAAGCGGGGACAAGAUGUUUGUAUGGAAAGACAAAUAUGCUCAAAGCCAGGACACAUGAUCACACUAUACAAAAAAUUCAGAGCUUGAUGUGGUAAAAGAUAAUUUGUGAAUGUUCCCAGGAAAGAUCCUGAGUUCUACUGGUAUUCUCCAAUCCGAUGGAAUGAAUAGACAGAAGGCCAUGAAAAUUUAAGUUGUAAAUGUGUAAGAGUUAUCCCCCUUUCAUAAUUAAGCAUGCAUAAAAAAAGAAGAAAACAUCAAAAACACACUAUACUGCAAAUGUUGUAACUGUCAAUGCAUGAUGUUACCUAUGUGCAUGAGAUUUUUUUCCAUGUUCUGAACAUGAAUAUGUUUUACUGUUGUUUAUUACAAUGGCAUUAUGGGUCAGUGGGCUAAUAAGAGCCACCCUUGUUCUCUUCAACCUCUUAGUGGUUCAACCAGAACCAACAAUAAAAAUUCUGUGUUUUAUGAUUAAACUGUACAAAAAAUUCUCCUGGAGUGAUAAAGCAAUUUCAUUCAGUACAUGAUUUCAGCUUAGCUGUCCAGUGAGAGACAGUUUAAAUUGAAAUUUCUGUCUACACUGUUUACAUUUAUCACAAUGCUGCUGGUACCAGCAAAUGUCAACAUUGUCUGUGCAAUUAGUGAAUAAAAAAUCAUGGAAGGAGCAA